CUAUCAAAGAAAAAAUUAAGAGUACCAACCAUCAUCAACCAUCCACAUCCAACCAACCAACAUAAAAAAAAAUCAGAGUGUACAUUGCGAUUGAGUCGUCGAAUAAAAAUAUAUUAUAACCAAACGAAAAUUGACUGAAAAGGUUUUUCCAUCAUACAUUUCUCGUCGGGAGAGAGCUCUGUCUUUUAAUUUAUAAUUGUGUUGUGUGCUGUGACAAAAAAAAAAACCUCUCCUUACAUUAUAUACCAUAAAUAAAAAAAAGAAGAAAAAAAUUCAGUCUUUCAUUAAAAAGAGUUAACAAAAUAUCAAUAAGAAAAAACGAAAACUUCCUUAAAAAUGAAGCUCCUCUAAGAGUUUCCUAGGUUUUUUUUUCCAACCAUCUCCUAUUUUUUUAAAUUUUCCUCACACAAAACCUCUACCAAAAAAAAAUUUUUCUAUGGAAAAGUGAAAAGUGCAAAGUGUAUCUACUACAUUGUGCGUGUUGUCUGUGCGAACAGAAAAAAAAAUAAAAUUUUCUCCCAAAAAACUUGAGGAACGAAGGAAGAAGUCCUUGUAGCCAAGAAGUCUACAGUAGUUAUCUGGCUUGUUAUUUUAUUUUUUUCUUCUUCUAAUUCAACUUCCUAACCGUAAAAAUAUCAACUAGGAAAAAAUGGCAAUGAGGAGAACAAGACGUGGUCGGUUCUGGAAUAUGGGACUGUUGUUCCUUAUUUAUACCUGCAUAUCGGUAUACUCGCAAAAAUCACCCGAAAACAUCGAAGAUAUAGAAAAAACGAAUUUAGAAGAAAAUUUCUCACCAAAUCCACAAAACCCACCCGAUGAUUAUACAUCUGAGGCACCAAAAGAAGAGUACCCAAAAACAACAACACCUACCGCCCCCCAUAAUCGACAUGCUGUACCCACAUGGAGACCGAAAAGAGAAAAUUGCACCCCACCAGCUAUUGAACAAUUUCCACCACCUCUUAUGGGUCAAUACGCUAGACGUCAUGGCGGCUUGAUACUUCACUUUAUCGUUGCGAUAUUUACUUUCUUUGGCUUGGCCAUUGUGUGUGAUGAUUACUUUGUUGCAAGCUUGGAUAGAAUUUGUGAAGAAAUGAAACUAUCUCCAGAUGUAGCUGGAGCUACAUUCAUGGCAGCUGGCAGUUCAGCUCCUGAACUCGCCACUGUCGUCAUAGGAGUAUUCUUUGCCAAGGACGAUAUCGGUAUUAGCGGUGUGAUUGGAUCGGCAGUCUUCAACAUAAUGUUCGUCAUAUCGGUGUGUGCUUUAUGCUCUGGAACUGUGUGCCAACUUAAUUGGUAUCCAUUGGUGCGUGAUUGCUUCUUUUAUUGCCUCUCCAUUCUCGUUAUGCUGAUUAUCAUUUUUAAUGAUGUUAUAUCUUGGAUGGAAUCAGUAGUAAUGUUACUCUUCUAUGUUGUUUAUUGUGUAACACUUGUCUUCAAUGCGGACAUUGAGAAGUGGGCUCUGUCCUUGAAUCUUCCAAUUAAACUUCCAACCAAAGAAGAACAAUCAGCUUUAGUGACUUAUAAGAAUCUUCCCGAUACAUCCUAUACUCAAGGAAAUCAACAACAAACCAGCCUCUCACAGGAACCUAAUCAGCAACAACAGCAGCAACAGCAGCAGCAGCAGCAACAACCGUCCGCUGAUUAUCAAAGCUAUUCGGAUCCGAAUGCUGGAUGGGAUCCCAACGCUGCCUGGGGUGGGGAGCAAUCGGCUCAGCCAGUGUCCAAUACUAGACCAUCAGCUCCACCGGCAGGUGGCCCUGGUGACGAUUGGGGUAUGAGUCAAUUUGCACAGAACGAAGGCCAGGAGAAUUAUGCCUACAAUGCCGAUCAGCCAGACCAAGUGGUCACUCAAACAGAAGCCUCGUCGACAAAGCCGUCCACUGGAGCUGUUGUGGGAAAGCCUGAUGCUCAACAAGGUGACUUUUACAAGUCCCGUGACCCCAAGAACUCUGAACCGCGACCAAAUCCACUCGAUCGUCCAGUGGAUGGCGGGCUACCAGCUCUGAUUUCAUGGUACAUAGUGUAUCCUAUUCAUUAUACCUGCCAGAAGACAAUGCCCGAUUGCCGAACUGAGAAAUAUCGCAAUUGGUAUCCAUUUACGUUCUUUGUGUCAAUGGUGUGGAUUUCGUUUUAUUCGUAUUUUAUGGUAUGGAUGAUUACGGUAAUUGGCUUCACCCUCGGCAUCCCGGACACCGUUAUGGGAUUGACAUUUGUUGCUGCUGGUGUUUCUGUACCCGAUGCCCUAAGCUCAAUAGCCGUUAUCAAAGAAGGAUUUGGAGACAUGGCAGUUUCAAACGCGAUCGGAUCAAAUGUCUUUGAUAUACUAGUGUGCUUAGGUCUUCCGUGGUUUAUACAAACUGCUAUAAUAAAGCCUGGUUCACAUGUGAAUGUUAUUUCGAAAGGUUUGGCAUAUUCAACAUUAUCGCUAUUUUCGACAGUAGUCUUUCUGCUGUUGUCAACACAUUUGAAUGGAUGGAAAUUAGAUAAACGUUUGGGUAUUAUUCUGAUGGUUUGGUAUCUAUUGUUUAUAACACUUGCAUCGCUCUAUGAAUUGAAUGUAUUUGGUCAGCUCAAUCCAGAACAGUGUACAAAAACAUGCCCUUCGCCAUUUUGAGGAUGGAAUCAUUAUAACGCCGAAAAAAAGGAAAUCAUUUUCUAGUGCUUUAAGCUAGGAUUCACUUAUUCACUGACUUUUGUGCAAAUUGGAUA